CUGAUUUUUUAACCUUGACGCUCGAGAGACGCUCACAGUAACAAAGUAACACGCGAAGACACGAAGUAACAAUCUGCGGUGGCUUCAAAGGAAUUAACAGAGCGGGAAGGAUUUUAUUUUUUAACAGCUGAAUCUAUCGUCGUUAUUACCAGAAGGGAAAAUAUGAAGUUUUUAACUAUUUUGCGUCUUUUCGCCUUUACCAUCGUGGCUGUCACAUCAGUGAGCGGUGCGUCUAUAGAGCGGUUUGAGAGCGAGAGGCCUGCACAGACAGCUGUAAUUGAUCUUUUGGAGGCACUGAAUGAGAAGAGAUCUACUGUGGACAACAAGCAAGUGGAGUAUGAGGAGGAAGACGAGUAUUACUAUGACGAUGAAGAGGAUGAGUUUUCAGGGGAUUACGAGGUGCCAUUAGUUGCGUUUUCAAGCAAACCCAAAGACCCGAGUGCAGUUUUGAAUGCAGAGAAACUUGAAGACUCGAAGAGGAAGGGGCUUGGAAGGAAGAAGGGAAGAGGCAAGAAAAGGAAUCCAUGUCUAAAAAAGUACAAGGACUUUUGUAUCCACGGAACCUGCCAGUAUCUCAGGGACUUAAAGGGGCCCUCAUGCAUUUGUGACCAGGGCUACUCGGGAGAGCGAUGCCACCUUUUCUCCCUGGAAUUAAAGAAGAACGAGGGAGUGUAUAGCCGCACUACGGCCCUUGCUGUGGUGGCCGUGGUUCUCUCUUCGUUAUGUCUCACCAUCAUUGGACUGAUGCUGGCACUCAGGUUUCACAAGCAAGGUGCAUAUAAUGUGGAAAAUGAGGAGAAAGUUAAACUGGGAGCCGCCCCACACCACUAAAUGAGACUGGAGAGAACGGGCAACCGUGUGGAAAUUCUACCUCAAAAUUAAGUGGCAAAGAGCAGAGGGUACAGUGUGCUGGAGAGGAGGAUAGAGUGAUAGCAUUUGUUUGGCAGGAGUCAUGGUGCCUCUGUGAAGGGCCUGACUCACGAAGGACUCUCUAAAUGGUUCGCAGGAGAGCGCAAAACCUGCCACGAACUAGAACUCUGACAGACAGACUCGGUCAGGAAGAGACACUGAGCUGUUCGAUACAGAAUGAGAAGGAACUCUUCGGGGUUGGGAAUGUAGUUUGAGUUUUAGAGACGAGGCUUUUUCUAGUACUGAAGAAGCUCUGCCUGAAAUAAGUAUUCUUACAAAUAAGCAGUUUUGUUCAUGUCUUGUGCACUGUGUAUUUAAUCAUUGCUGGCUAUGCUUUAAUUUAUUUAUUUAUGUAUGCGUGUAUAUAUCUAUUAAUAUUUAUUUGGAUUUAGACCAACCUUGUCCAGCCCUAAUGCACUGGCAAUGUAUUUGAAAGUCUCUGUGUUGUAUGUUGAUGUAAUAUUUUAUUUAUUAAAAGAAGCAGUAGUAAUCCGUGUCUAUUCAGUAAGUGAGUACUGAACAGUGGUAGACUGAAAAUCUAAAUAAUAUAUCACAAUGGUAUGCAUUUUGAUAUUUUUGGAAAUAUUAUUUGUAUUUUGAUGUUCAGGACAGUGUUAGAAUGUAUAUUUCAGCAAACUUUAUGAAAAGUCAUAUUUUAAGCUUUUUUUCUUUUCUGUUAGAGAAAAUUAUAAUUUUGGCCAGUAAAACGUUAACACUGUUAUUGAGCUGUGCAAAUUAUGAAAUGUGAAUUAGUUACUUUUCUGUUUAUUUAAUUUCAGCACCCUCCUCUAUAAGACAAAGUAGUUGCUUCCUCAUUGUAUGUAUGGAGUAUUUUUAAAACGCUCGGACAAGAAAUUAAGGCAAAUAAUAAAACCUCUAUAUA